AUGUCUUUUUAUAGUGGUGAUAAUGAUUUUGAACCCUCCAUCUCUAUCUUCACCGAUAAUUUCACUGCUCAAUGGUCACAACCAUGCCGUGAAUUUGAACUUCAAGAAAUUCUGUUGGCAACAGAAAACUUUAAAGAUUUGUUGGUAAUUGGGAGUGGAGGCUUUGGAAAAGUGUACAAAGGCGAUGUACUUGUUGGAACUAUUCAUGUUGCUGCUGCAAUAAAACGGUUAGAUUUAAUGUCAAAUCAAGGAGCAGUUGAGUUCUGGGCUGAAGUUGAGAUGCUCUCUAAGUUGCGUCACACUCACCUAGUGUCUUUGAUUGGUUAUUGUAAUUUUGACAAAGAGAUGAUCCUUGUGUAUGAAUACAUGCACAAUGGAACGCUUGAAGAUCAUCUCCAUAAACUUCGCACCCGUCUAUCUUGGAUUGACCGGCUAAAGAUAUGCAUAGGUGUCGCCCGUGGGUUAGACUACCUCCACACAGGUACGGGUGUUGAGUUUGGUGUUAUACACCGAGAUGUUAAAAGCUCAAAUAUUUUGUUACAUGAAUGUUGGGCAGCUAAAAUUUCGGAUUUUGGGUUGUCUAGAAUAGGCCCAACGAAUCAACCGUUGACUUACGUUAAUACACUUGUUAAAGGUACUUUUGGGUAUCUUGAUCCAAACUAUUUCGCCACUGGAAAGUUGACAAGAAAGUCAGAUGUGUAUGCUUUUGGGGUGGUUUUGUUUGAAGUCUUGUGUCAGAAGCGACCCUUGGAUAAGAGUCUUGAAUGGGGUUUAGCUAGAUGGGCACAAGACUCUAUCAACGAAGGCAAUUUAAAGAAUAUAGUCGAUUCUGAUAUACGGUGUGAGAUAUCCCCAAAAUGUUUGAAGGAGUUUGCUAGAAUCGCCGAAAGAUGCUUAAAUAACCCUCCAAAGCACCGCCCUACCAUGACUGAGGUUGUCUUCACUCUCGAAUCUGUACUCAACUUACAACAGAAAACCAAUAAUUGGUUGCAGACUCCGGGCAAGUCAAUAUUUAAUAGAAUGGUCGAUGCGUUUCCCUUCAGCUCCCUGGAAAAUUCAGGUAUGGGGUUUCAAUUCCUUAUGUCCAAGAAGAGGCCUAAGAAAUGGUUCAUCCUGCAGAAUGAGUCUCAAUUUUCAAAAGCAAAACUAAAAACAAUCACUGCUGGUUCCGUCCGAGCUUUUAGUGCUGAAAUGCAUGAAAAAGCGUCCCAGAAUCAUGCACGCAGUGGGAUUAUAGGAAGAGGAGAUUACGGCAAUAUGUAUAUGGCAUUAUGGGAUUACUACAAGCACUACAAGAAAAACAUCAUUUAG